CCAGGUCCGCGCGAGGAAUGCUGGGAAGCGGAGUGCUCUCCCGUCAGCUCUGAAUUACGCGCUACGAAGACUAAGACUCCAUUUCCCACGUUCCCUCGCUUCAAGGCUUAGGCACACCGGGGCUUGUAGUCCUGAGCCCGGCCGGCUGCAGAAGGGUGCGGGAUGAGAGGACUGUAUGUCCCAUCAGCUCUUUCGGCCGCCGCGCUGACGACCGUCCCCUGCGCGGCGCCUUCUGGGAAAUCGAGUUCUCCCUUCCGUAACAGAUAAGUAGGCGGGCCGCGCCCGAGACUCCAUUUCCCGUCGGCUCUUGCAACAGGGCCGGGUAGGGCCGGCUCCCAAGCCGCCUCAGACGGAGCCAGCCAGCGCGGCCCCCCCUCCCCUUUUCCCCGGUGUCGGCCUCACCAUGAGCAGCGGCAGCGCCGGUUCUUCCCGGCCCCGAACGAGCUCCUUCGCAGACCCGUCCGGCGGGGCUCCCGCCACGGCCCCCACCGCGCCCGGCCCAACCUCGGGGGCAGCGCCUGGGGGCAAACCCGGGGGGGCUGCCGGGCCUGGCCCGGGGGGAGGCGGGACCAGCUCGACGGUCGCCGUCCCGGGGCUCAAGCUCGGGCGAGAUAAUAGUAAAGUGACCACGGUGGUGGCCACACCCGGCCAGGGUCCUGACCGCCCUCAAGAAGUCUCAUAUUCCGAUAUCAAAGUGAUCGGCAAUGGGUCCUUUGGCGUUGUCUACCAAGCCCGAUUAGCAGACUCUGGUGAGCUGGUGGCUAUCAAGAAGGUAUUACAAGAUAAACGUUUCAAGAACCGGGAGCUACAGAUCAUGCGGAAGCUGGAUCAUUGCAAUAUUGUCCGCCUGCGAUAUUUCUUCUACUCGAGCGGAGAAAAGAAGGAUGAAGUUUACCUUAAUUUAGUCCUGGACUACGUGCCCGAAACGGUCUAUCGUGUGGCCCGCCACUUCACCAAAGCCAAACAGACCAUCCCUGUCAUCUAUGUGAAGGUAUACAUGUAUCAGUUGUUCCGCAGCCUUGCUUACAUUCAUUCUCAAGGUGUGUGUCAUCGAGACAUCAAACCUCAGAAUCUGUUGGUGGAUCCUGAUACAGCAGUACUGAAGCUUUGCGACUUCGGCAGUGCGAAGCAGCUGGUGCGGGGCGAACCAAACGUUUCCUACAUCUGUUCUCGCUAUUAUCGUGCGCCUGAGCUCAUUUUUGGAGCCACCGAUUACACUUCAAACAUAGAUAUCUGGUCUGCCGGCUGUGUGCUGGCAGAGCUGCUCCUGGGGCAGCCCAUCUUUCCUGGGGACAGCGGAGUGGAUCAGCUCGUGGAGAUCAUCAAGGUGUUGGGAACACCGACGCGGGAACAGAUACGAGAGAUGAACCCCAACUAUACAGAGUUUAAGUUCCCCCAGAUCAAAGCACAUCCAUGGAUAAAGGUGUUUAAGCCUCGCACGCCGCUGGAGGCCAUCUCGCUGUGCAGCCGCCUGCUUGAGUACACCCCGGCCACUCGUCUCUCUCCCCUGGAGGCCUGUGCCAACAGUUUCUUUGACGAGCUGCGCGAGCCCAACGCCCGGUUGCCCAAUGGCCGUGACUUGCCCCCGCUCUUCAAUUUCAGCCCUGUGGAGCUGUCCAUCCAGCCAGGGUUGAAUUCCAACCUCAUUCCACCCCACAUCCGGUCCCAGGCGAGCUCAGUCGGGCCUGUGUCUGGCUCUGGAACCUCGCACAGUGAGGGAAGAAUGAACACUGACAGGAGCCAGGUCACACCAGGAGACGGUGCAGGACCCAUUGCCAAUACCUCCUGAGGGGUCGCUGGGCCCGGGGGGCAGGUCCCCUCCACUACCCCCUACCCCCAGGCCACCCACAUGGACUUCUCUGAACUGUGAAUGGUGGGGGAAAGCAAUCUUGGCCUGGGGACCUGGUGGAGGGGGAGGCCAGUUGGGGAUAGGUGGCCACUUGGACAGGAGGGAGGGGAGGGGGGGAGUCCCUCACAGGUUGUCCUCUAAUGCUUUGGCUUGGGGGGGGGGGGAGAGAGACAGAAAAAUCCCAUGGCUUGAGGGCUCCCUUCUCUUGUCAAAAGCGGUCCAGGUUGGUGCCUCCGGAGGGGGGGGGGGUGAAGGACCGGAGAGUUGCUGCCAUCUUCCUUUCUCCCUCUCCCUCUGGGUAAUCCCAAGUCUGUCCUAAUUGAGUUUUAAUUUGCUCUUGUUUUUAACGGUCCCCUGGGGAGGGGAAAAAAAAUGGUUUUAUUUCCAGUCUGUCAUUCAUGCUUUCCGAACUCCACCCCUCUGUAUAUCCCUUCACACUGUUAAUGGUUCCUUCCCCAGAUUGCCCUCCAUCAUCCCCAAGGCCUGUCUGCCUAUGAAACCCGGAUGCUGUGUUUUAAAGCAGGUCGGUUUUAUAGCCCAAUAAACAUUCAGUUUUGUCCCAUUCCAGCGGGGGGAAAACCACCCUUCUUCCCCCCCCUGGCAACACCCCCCCACCCCAUCCCGACCUGGCCCUUUUGCUUGCCAUGCCUCUACCGCAAUCUCUUAACCGGGAACAAGAAACCCCCUCUCCCCCUUGCCUUGGAUUGCGAGGGGGGCAUGGCCAACCAUUCCUCGCUCUUCCUCCCAUCCCAUCAGAGGUAGCACUGGGAUUUCUCGCGGGGGAAACCCUGUGAAGUGUGUGCGUUGUAUGUGUGCGCGUGUGUGUGCGUGCGUGUCUGGAACAAGCUGGUAUUAGAGCAGGCAGGAAACAAGCAGAAGCUUGCUCUGAAUUCCGUUGCAUCCGCUCCCUAUCGCAAAGUUUUCCUCCCCGGUGCUGCAGAUCCAUGUUGUGGACCUCUGGGGGCCGUAGGGAGGUUCUCAAAAGGGAGAAGGCAAGUUUUAAUUUAAAUGCCUGUUUCCCUUUCUGCUGUAAAUACGUAUUUUCCUCAUCUAAACCCCUUAAAAUGGCUUCCUUUUUCCAUUAUCCCUGUAAAUAGAUUAUUUUUUUUCUUAAUGAAAUGUUGCAAUGAUUGACACCCCCCCCCCGCCCCCAAAUCCCGUUUCCUUCCAUUUUCAAAUCAUCUAGGAUUGACGGGUUCCCCCUAGGGAGCCAGGGUGCAGCCUGUGGAUAAUUUCCCUCACCCUCAUAUUUAUCCUCAUCACUGCCUCCCUCCCUCCCUCCCUUCUUUCCUUCCAACAUUGUGUGUUAGUUUCUUUCUUAGGUUUUUUUUGGCUAUGUACAGACAUCCGGUUCAAUAAAUUAUUGGCAUGAACGGAA